AUGUGUAUCUUGAUAUCAAGUAUCGAACAUCCUGAUUAUCCAUUCAUUUUGUUGUCUAAUCGGGAUGAAUAUUUUAAGAGACCGACCCAAAGGGCGCAUUUCAAAGAUUAUGAUGGGGUAAGGGUAUUAUCACCCCUAGAUUUAGGUAGACAAGAGCAUGGAACAUGGAUUGCAGUAAACACAGAUGGUAAACUAGCAGUGUUAGUUAACUAUCGUGAAAAGAGCAAUAAAGACCAGAUAAGUGAAAUAUCCCGAGGGGUACUUCCAUUACAAUAUUUAAUAUCUGAUGAAUUGAAUGAAGAAUGGUAUACGAAAUUAAACAAAUUAAUAUCUGAAAAACUUCCUCUAGGAAUUCUUGAUACCGUGGAUGAUAACGUAUUGAGUAGGAUUGGUGGGUUUUCUAUCUUAUAUGGUCAACUAAACAUAAACAAAAGUACAGGAACAAUAGAACCUUUAAACAUUUUGAGUAAUAGGGGCGAUGUUGGAAAGAUUUUUGAAUCCAAUGGAGAUACAUCUAUUAGCGAUGAUAUAGAGAUUCAAAAAACAUUUGGAUUAUCAAAUUCUUUGUAUAACGAUCCCUGGAGAAAAGUAGAAUUGGGCCAAAAAAUGUUGAAAGAAACAAUUCAAAAUUCAGUCAAAGAUAACUAUACACAUGAUCAACUAAUUGAAAGUUGCUUCGAAAUAUUGAGCUACGAUACCUAUAACAGAAAUGUUGCAAAGAAUGGUACGCCACAUGAAGCAAUUCUUGAAUUAAGGAAUUCUAUAUACAUCCCACCUAUAGAGCUAGGUACUGUCAAUCAGCUCCCCGAUAGUUCUACUGUAGGUAAAUUUUAUGGUACUCGGACUCAAACAAUUAUUAUUUUAGAUAAAAAGGGCAACAUGCACUAUUACGAACGGGAUAUUCAUAGUUCUGAUUCCAUAGACAAAAAUGUAAAAUCAAAGACUAAUCAUUUUCAAUUCAAUAUUUCAAACAAAUAG